AUGAAUCAACAAGAACUAAACUUACAGCAAAGAAAAGCUGCCAUAGAGCAAAGACUUAUUGAAACUGGAGAAAAAGAAAGAUUACUAGAAUAUUUGCGUCAAAAGCUUGUAGAAAGUGGAUGGAAAGAUGAACUUAAAAAUUAUUGCAAAGGUAAUUACUAAAAAGAGUUGAUCAGAAAUAAAGGGUUAGACAGAAUAACAGUGGCUGAUCUUGUUGAAGAAUUGAAACCUCGAGCAAGGGCUACUGUUCCUCCUAAAGCUAAAGAAGAACUUUUGGCAAGAAUCAAAAAUUUUAUUGAAAAUAAUCCUUAA